GCUAGAGGCACUUGUCCACAGGCCCGGCCUCACCUCCAGCCCUCCGUGGGCCACAGUACCCAGUCUCCUCCGCCUCGUCCGCCCAACCGGGCUCCCCCCGCCCUCUCGGCGCCGGCGCUGGUAUCAACUGCGCGCGCAGGGCUUUAGCGGGCGCCGGCGGGAAGGGGAAGCGGCGGGAUAGGAUCAGAUUAUGGGCAACAGUCCUUUUAAUUAAUCUGUCAACAUGGCUAAUGAGGACUGUCCCAAGGCUGGUAAUAGUCCAUUUUCAUCUGAUAAACAUGCCCAACUCAUCUUGGCCCAGAUCAAUAAAAUGAGGAAUGGAGAGCAUUUCUGUGAUGUGCAGCUGCAAGUUGGGAAGGAGACUUUUAAAGUUCAUCGGCUGGUUUUGGCUGCCAGUAGUCCUUACUUUGCAGCUUUAUUCACCGGAGGAAUGAAAGAGUCCUCAAAAGAUGUUGUACAGAUUCUAGGAAUUGAAGCUGGAAUCUUUCAAAUACUUCUAGAUUUCAUUUAUACAGGUAUAGUGAACAUAGGUGUGAAUAAUGUCCAGGAGCUGAUUGUAGCAGCAGACAUGCUACAGUUGACUGAAGUUGUUAAUCUGUGCUGUGAAUUUCUAAAAGGACAAAUUGAUCCAUUGAACUGCAUUGGAAUCUUUCAGUUCUCUGAGCAAAUUGCAUGCCAUGAUCUUUUGGAAUUCACAGAAAACUACAUUCAUGUCCAUUUCUUGGAGGUUCACAGUGGGGAGGAGUUCCUAGCGCUUACAAAAGAUCAACUGAUCAAAAUUUUGCGAAGCGAAGAGCUCAGUAUUGAGGAUGAAUACCAGGUCUUCUUAGCUGCUAUGCAAUGGAUUCUGAAGGACCUGGGAAAAAGAAGAAAACAUGUGGUGGAAGUGCUAGAACCAAUUCGAUUCCCUUUAUUACCUCCUCAGAGGCUUUUAAAGUACAUAGAAGGAGUAUCUGAUUUUAAUCUUCGCAUUGCAUUGCAAACACUUUUGAAAGAGUACUGUGAGGUGUGCAAAUCUCCCAAAGAAAACAAGUUUUGUAGUUUUCUGCAGACAUCCAAGGUUCGGCCUCGGAAGAAAGCAAGAAAGUACCUGUAUGCAGUAGGUGAGAAUCUUUUAAAAGGCGGAUAUACUCGGUUGCAGGGGGGUCGUUGGAGUGAUAGCAGAGCCCUCAGCUGUGUAGAGCGUUUUGACACCUUUAGCCAGUACUGGACCACUGUGUCUUCACUUCAUCAGGCUCGAUGUGGGCUAGGAGUAGCAGUUCUGGGAGGGAUGGUUUACGCUAUUGGAGGUGAAAAGGAUUCAAUGAUUUUUGACUGUACUGAAUGCUAUGAUCCAGUUACUAAACAGUGGACAACUGUAGCAUCAAUGAAUCACCCCCGCUGUGGUUUGGGAGUGUGUGUGUGUUAUGGGGCUAUCUAUGCUUUGGGUGGAUGGGUUGGAGCAGAGAUAGGUAACACCAUUGAACGAUUUGAUCCUGAUGAAAAUAAGUGGGAAGUAGUUGGCAACAUGGCUAUGUCACGCUACUACUUCGGGUGUUGUGAAAUGCAAGGUUUAAUUUAUGUAAUUGGGGGCAUCAGCAAUGAAGGAAUAGAGCUUCGUUCUUUUGAAGUGUAUGAUCCACUUUCUAAGCGUUGGUCUCCACUUCCUCCGAUGGGAACCAGGAGAGCCUAUCUUGGUGUGGCUGCACUCAAUGACUGUAUCUAUUCUGUUGGAGGGUGGAAUGAAACACAGGAUGCUCUUCAUACUGUGGAAAAAUAUUCCUUUGAAGAGGAAAAGUGGGUUGAAGUUGCUUCAAUGAAAGUGCCUAGAGCAGGCAUGUGUGUUGUGGCAGUGAAUGGGCUUCUGUAUGUUUCUGGAGGUCGAUCUUCGAGCCAUGAUUUCUUGGCCCCAGGUACCUUGGACUCUGUCGAAGUUUAUAACCCUCAUUCAGAUACAUGGACAGAAAUCGGUAACAUGAUCACCAGUCGUUGUGAAGGAGGUGUUGCUGUACUAUGAAAUAUAAAGUAUAAGGGAGCACAAGAAACAUUUUAAAAAUAUAGGAUCUGAUCUUUUUGCAAAUCACACAUGUAUUUGGUGAUAGGACCCUCUGAUUCUAUUGAGUUUUCCAUGUAUAUCGUAGAUAAAUGACUAAAGAAUUAUUUUUCUAAGAAUUUGAGUAAGGAGAGACACGGAAUAUUAUCCUAAACUAAUAAAGAACUCACUCAAAUUUGCCAUGUUUACCAAUAGGAAUGCUGUUUAUGCUCUAGAAUUCUCUUAGGGGUAGAGUCCUGUUUGUCAAAAUGAUUUGCUAGAAGCUUCUUGGCAAAUAGCCCCAUUAGCUGCUUCUCCAGUAUAAGCCAUGACCCAUGUGUGGGUAACAUGACCCAUGUGUGAUGUAAGAAUAUCAGUGAGACAGUUUGAAGAUGUCUGUACAUUCAGUCUAUGGCACAAUUUUCCAUGACCACAGUUGAACCUACAGAGAAAAGCCAGUGACACAACUCCCUACUUUUAUUUGAUACCAAAUUUUUUAUUGGCAACAGAUACACUGGGAGGGACAUGUAGGAAAUAUCUAGCUAUCUCUAUAGAUGUUUAUAUAGAAAGACAAGUUUUUGCCUGUUGAUAACAGGAUUAAAAAAGCUUUUGCUCACUUAUGUUGUCUUAGUGCUGAAAAUGCAAGUGAGGAAUUACUAGGACGUUCUUCAUUAAAGUCCUUUAGUGCAAUUCGAUGAUAUAAUGAGUGACAGAGCCCAGUGAGAGAUAGGUACCUAUUCAAUUUCUUUCCUAUUUUCUAAAUAGUUAUCAAAAAUUAUCUGCUUGGUUUGGGGAAGAGGGAGUUUUAUUAGACUAUCAAGCUUUGUGAAGCUUACUUGUACUUGGGCAAUCCUAAGUAUGAACUUAGUACAAAACCUACUGCCUGGUUUGGAGAAGGUGAAAUUGUAGGUACCUAUGAAGCUUUUUACAGACAUUGACAAUAGUGUUAAGUUGAAAGUCCUCUGAUCCAAAACUGCUUUUCAAAACUUUCCAUUUUUUCCCCCCCUGAGAAAUAGUCUAAAGAAUUGUUCUCUAUUUCUGAGAGGAACAUUCUUUUGUGUACAUGAUCAUCACUUUUAGUUAUUUCUACCAGUUGCUUGGAGCCAUAUAUAUUAAAAAUCUUACAUACAUUUAGGUUAAUCUAGUGAUUCCAGGAUUUGAUUUGUAUAUUCCUGAUUUCCCCUCUCUUUUUUUUUAAGAUUUUUAAACAAUCUCUACACCCAUUGUAGGGCUUGAAGCCACAACCCUGAGACCAAGAGCCAGCGAGGCACCCCUGAUUUCCCCCCUUUUUUUUCUUAAAGUCGUUCAGUGUAUUAUUACAGGCAUCACAGCUUAUUUAGAUAGAAAAUCUUUGUUGGUAACCAUUAAAGACUCAGGUGGCACUCAUAUCCAAAAUAUUUGGAUUGGCCCACAAGAGUACUUUCUUUUAUAAUUUAACCAUAUGCAUUUAUUAAGAAAAGCUUAUGUAGUGUAGUGUGUACCUGUGUCCCUUUGUUUGGGGUAUCCUAAAAGUCUCAAGGGUCAUAGGUGCCUGGUGUGAUCUAUAAAAUGUCAAGGAAUGACAGAUGAUUUGUAGAUUAUUUAAACUCCAAUUCAUGUGCCUUUAAUAUUUCUCUACAGAGAAUUUGCUUUCUGGUUCAAAAGAGAUUUACAAAAUACUCCUAUAAUUUCUCAUUAUUGCCUGGUGCCAACCUGAAAUGGCACUGUGAAGUAAGGCAUUUUGUAGUGCUGUGGCAGAAACAUGUCAAGACAAUCUGUGUUUGGGCUUAAUGGGUCCAGACAAUCCCUGUAAAUAGAUAAUUGUAAAAAUACUUAUUAUAUUAUUUUCUAGGUGAUGAUUUUAAAAAUAAUGUACUAAUAAAGUAUGUUGAUUUUUGCUUUUUA